UAAAAACACCUGCUUUCAUUAACAUUACUUGGUCCCUUUUCGAUCACCAGUCAGCCCUGACCAACCAUGAGCAACUACAGCCAAGUCUCAUACAAGAGAAUGACUUCUCUGGAAAGAACACCCACUUUUUCAGGUGGAAGCUACAAUAGAGUAUCUUCAGCAAAAUAUGCCGGCAGCGUGUAUGGCGGGGCUGGAGGAUACGGCACUAAAAUAUCAAGCAGCUCAGGAUAUGGUAGCGGCUUGGGCCUCGCCAGCAGCAGCCUGCAAGUCAGCACCAACAGUGAUGUCCUGCUUAAUGGCAACGAGAAGCAGACCAUGCAAAACCUCAAUGACCGUCUGGCCACCUACCUGGACAAAGUGCGUUCCCUGGAAAAGGCCAACGGUCAGCUGGAAACACAGAUUAAAGAGUGGUACACCAAGAACCCCGGCAUCGCCGAGAGGGACUACAAAGCCUACUAUUUAACCAUUGAAGAUCUGAAAGGCAAGAUCUUGGAUGCUACCACGGACAAUGCCAGGGUACUGCUGCAGAUAGACAAUGCCAAGCUGGCAGCAGAUGACUUCAGAAUGAAGUUUGAGAAUGAGCAAGCUUUACGACUAAGUGUGGAAAAGGACAUUUUUGGGCUGCGUAAACUCCUUGAUGAGCUCAGUCUUACAAGAGCAGAUAUUGAGCAUCAGAUUGAGUCAUUGCAGGAGGAACUGGCCUACCUGAAGAAGAACCAUGGAGAAGAGGUUGACGUUCUCAGAAAUCAUAUAGGAGGCAGAGUCAAUGUAGAGCUGGACGCUGCUCCUCCAGUUGACCUGGCAAAGAUUUUGGCUGACAUGAGAACCCAGUGUGAAGCCGUAGUGGAUAAAAUUCGACAAGAGGCCAAGGAACGCUUUGAGUCUCAGGUGGAAGAAGUACACAUUCAGAUCGUUACCAGUGAGAAUGAACUUCAAACAUUCAGGAGCACAGUUACAGAACUUCAACGCAGUGUCCAAGGGCUGGAAAUUGAGUUACAAGCGGAACUAAGCAAGAAAAACGCAUUGAGCGCAACCUUGGACAACGUGAAUGCAAAAUAUGCUGCAGAGCUCGCCCAGAUACAAGCUCUGAUUUCCAGUUAUGAAGCUCAGUUGGUACAAAUCAGAAGUGACAUUACACGCCAGUCUCAAGAAUACGAGCUUCUCCUGAACAUCAAGAUCCGUCUAGAGGUUGAGAUUGCCACCUACCGUCGUCUUCUGGAGGGAGAAGAAACAACCUUCAAUAUUGAACUAGAAGAAACAUUGAAAGAACAAAGCAGAAGUCGGAAGAUAAAGACAAUAGUUGAAGAAGUUGUUGAUGGAAAGGUAGUUUCUUCUCAAGUCAAAGAAGUGGAAGAGAAGCUUCCAAGUAUUCAAACCUCAUAAACAUUUUUUAAAUAAUGACAAGUAUCCAAGGAGAUUAAAAAAAAAAAAGUAUUGUUCUGAAAUGUGGAUAGCAAGAGUUCACGAUUAAAAUAAAAAUAAUGCAUUACAAGGUUGCGUCCUGUUAUUUUUUCUUUGUAAAUGGAUUACUCGAUACAAGUAAAUAAAACACGUAGAUGAGAAGGAAG